AGUAAGAAUUUUUCCAUCACUAAAUUAGAGUCUCUCUUGCAGGAAAGCGCUCCCUUGCUCUCUCAAAUUUCGGUUGCUGGCUAAUUUUUAAGUGUAGACGAACGCCAUUUGACAACAAUUUUGAAUAAUUUGUAAUAGUUCGAAGGCGGCGUAAAAUAAGCUGUAGGUCCCAUCAAUUGUUGGAAAAAAAUCAAGACGCACACCACAAAUCCGAGGAGUAGCUCGGCCGCCAAUUGCAUUAACAGUUACAAAGUUCCAAACAUUUUUGCAUAUGAGUACCUAUGUGCAUACAUAAUUACAUGAGCAGAGGCUUUGCAGCAAUCAGCUCUAUAUUGUUGUCAACAAAAAAGUUAGAAUCAUUAUGCAAAUAGAUGCCGAGUGAAUAAGGCAUCAUCCAAUCCUUAGGGAUUAAUAUACUAUGUAUUGUGAAAAUAUCAAUGUUCAUACAUAUCGCAUCACGUCACCUGACAACAAUAUUGGUAUUCGAAGCAUGGGAGAAGCACCUUAGAACUUUAGCUGCAUCGGUGAAUGACAAUGGCAAUGUAACCGCACAGAAAAGUUCAUCCAUGCAGUGGAAUUUUCGCUCACAAGCAUGUACUUUUCUACUACAAUACAUAUAUACAUACAUAUGUAAGCGUAGAGUUCGUGCAAGAGUUGUGCUGGAAGGCAGAUAUGAUGCCAUCAUUUAUCAUUUCCCCGCCUUAAACAUCAUUAUACGGAGAGAAAAACCAUAUAAAAGUACGAAGUCCACUUCCCGGAAGAAAAAGCAGUGUUCGAAUAUUUAAGCAAGAAGUUGGCUCUAAACCAAAUUUCAAGCAAACUGAACUGAAAAUAUGACGUUUUUGAACAGGAUCGAUUCUCAGGAAUAAAGUUCAUCAAAUCCAUUUGAACACAUCCUUUAAAUUUUAUUAAAAUCGAACCAACCGUUUAGAAGGAGUUCAAUGACAUCCAAGC